UAUCAGUGACACUCAAUAAAUAAGUUAGCAUGAGUAACAGUACAGCUUGGUACCCUUGAGAAAGUAUUCUACCUCAGGUCUAUUCCAUUGUAAUUUUCUUGAAAAUAUCAGUUGCCCCACAUAAGGUACAGCAACUUCCCGAACACUUUUUGAAAUGGAGAACGUCUACAGAGAACAGAAAGAUCCAAGCUACAACCCAGCUUACCCACCCCCACAGGCACACCCUGUAUACACUCCACAAUGGAGCCCCCAGCAGGAAUACCUUCCUCCUUCCUACUCAGGAGCCAGAGUAGAUUCUGGGAACCUUGCUUCUGUCUCCCCAGCGCCACCAGGGAUAGGAUUCACAGGGGAGUUCUCACCCCCACAGGAAGACCCUCCACCAGAGUACUCGAACAACUUCGCUGAUGUACCACACAAUGUUUUUUCUGAGAAGGCCAUUAGAAGAGCCUUUAUCAAGAAAGUCUAUCUAAUCCUGAUGGCUCAGCUAAUAGUUACUGUUGGUUUCAUCUGCAUGUUUGUGUACUGGGACACACUCAAGCACUGGGUAUGGAAGAAUCCAUGGUUUACCUAUACCUUGUUUCCUGUGUUAUUUGUUCUGAUCAUUAUCUUGUCUUGUUUUGAAAACGCCCGCCGGAAAGUCCCCUUGAAUUUCAUUUUCCUUGCACUGUUUACUGUUGUUGAAGGUUUGAUGCUUGGGGCUACAACAGCUUUUUUCACAGCUGAUGCUGUGAUGUGGGCUGUUGGAGCGACUGCAUUUGUAUGUUUUGGAUUGUCAGUGUUUGCAAUGCAAACCAAAGUGGACUUCACCAAAGCAGCUGGAAUAAUUUGGGUUAUUUGCUUGUCACUCAUAACAUUUGGAAUACUCUGUGCAAUCAUUCGGAGCCGCUGGCUGCACAUAGUUUAUGCUUCCAUUGGAACGUUGAUCUUUGCAGUUUAUCUGGUUAUUGACACUCAGUCAAUGCUGGGAGGAAAUCACAAAUACAGCACAAGCCCAGAGGAGUAUGUGUUUGCUGCACUGAACCUGUACCUGGAUAUAAUUAACAUUUUCUUGUUCAUCCUACACUUAAUAGGAUUAAGCAAAUAAUGCCUACCAAAAAUCUAAAUCAGAAUGUUCAAAAUGAGAAUGAAAAUAUGAAAAUGAAAAUAAUGAAUCCUGCAUUAUA